ACACAGCAACAAAGGCAGAAUGUUGUGAUGGAGAACGUCUGUUCAACCGAGGUGUCACGCUUCGGUAUUCCACUUGCUUGCCGCAGCUGGGUGCUGCUAGCCAUUGCCAUUGUCUCACUGGACUAGGAAAUCUGUGCUGCUUCUGUCCCCCCUGCCAACAACUUCAGCCUCCUCCUACAAUCAUGGAUGAUCAAGACAUUAUGUAUAAACUGGAAAACAUAAGAGAAAUCAGAGAUAAAUCUACCCAGUUGGAGAAACUGAAGUCGCGGUUGAAGACUGAUUUCGACGCCUUGGAAUGGGAGGAGAAACAUCUAAAGGAGUACAAGCAAGAGAUGGAACUACUCCUGCAGGAGAAGAUGGCUCAUGUUGAAGAACUUAGACUGAUCCAUGCUGAUAUUAAUGUGAUGGAGAACACCAUAAAGCAGUCUGAGACAGACCUGAACAAAUUGCUAGACUCAACCAGAAGACUCCAUGAAGAAUAUAAGCCUUUGAAAGACCAUGUUGAUGCACUGAGGAGAACUCUUGGCUUGCACAGGCUUCCGGAGCUUAGUGAAGGAACGGAAAAGUUGUCAUUGGACUACUUUGAGAAGCAAAAAGCUGAGUGGCAGACCCAGGAGCCCCUGGAGCCUCCCAUCCCAGAAUCCUUGGCGGCGGCUGCUGCUGCAGCACAACAACUUCAGGUCGCUAGGAAACAAGACACCAGGCAGCCGGCCACAUUCCGACAGCAGCCACCUCCCAUGAAGGCAUGUCUUUCUUGCCAUCAACAAAUCCACCGCAAUGCUCCAAUCUGCCCCCUCUGUAAGGCCAAGAGUCGCUCAAGAAACCCCAAGAAGCCAAAGAGGAAACCGGAUGAAUGAGUGCAUUUUGACUUCUCUACACUGUCUGUGUGAGCUCCUGUCUGUCUUGUUGCAAAAAGACUUGUAACACUAAAGAGGUAAAAAGGGGGAAAUGAAGAAAAAGGGAAAUAUGUUUUUCAAAUGUGUAUGGUUUGUUUUUCACAGUCUGGUGUAGUGAAAUUUUAGUUGAUGGACUAGGAUUUGUUUAAUUUCCUUUCAGCACAUGUGUUAAAUCACUUGGUGUCUUGAAAGGUAAUUCACAAGGCCUUUUUCAAGACCUUUUGCUCUAAGGUAAUGAGAUGAAAUUGUAGCAUACAUUUUAAAGCUCUUUAAGAAAUAACCAAUUAGUUAGAGAUGUGUGAGAUACUCAACCUUUGCUUACUUGUUCAUGUCUGCUUAUUGUUGUUUUGUUUGUAACUGAAACGUGUUUGUGCUGUUCAUUGAUGUAUUUCAGUAUUAACCUUAUCAUUUCAAAAUGUUCAAGUGCAAUUUUUUUCAUACAUUUUUUAAUAAAUUAAUUGAUGUAAAAUCAGAAUAGAACACAAUGUAGACCACAGACCAUUUCUAAUCUCAAAUACUGUCAAAAGGACUGUGCCAUUAUUCCUGCCCUGUUGAUUUUAUUAUAAACUAUAUUACUUUUACUAUGCAUUUCAAUUCUGUUUUUUGUUGAAGCCUUUGAAUGUUCUAUCACAACCGUUUUUUUUAUCAAUGUAAAAAAAAUCCAAUGGGCCAGUUUUAGUAGUAUACCUCCACAAAUAAAAAUGUAUCAUGCUCGUAA